AUGCCGUGCCCACCAAUCAUGUGGUUCGUGAAGAGGAACUUGGAGGAGAAGGAGGAGAAGGCGGAGGAGGAGAAGGGAAAAACGAUCGACUUUAUUAACCGACCACUUACCGAGGGAAAGGACCAAGUGCGAGCCAAGGGGAUGUUCGUCCACCAACAGCACCAGCAUCAGGGUGGAGAGGAGAGCAGCUUUCCGAACCCGAGCACAGACCAGUCUCCACCGUCCCGAUCGACGUCCUACUGCAGCGCCAACUUGGGCAGCUCCAGCUCGCGUGCCUACACCACGUUCGCCAACCAUUCAGAAGAAGGCGGCUACUCGGCGUCGUCGGCCGGCGACGACGGUCUCUUCACCUCGCCAGCGAGUCAGUUCAACUUUGUGCGUUCGUGGAUCGCACAGCACCAGCAGGCAGAGGGGAACACUGCGCACAUCCACUCGGCCGACGUGGGCUACCAGCCGGCCAUGGGACACCCCUAUCCCGGGGGUCAUCACUUUGGGGGGAUCGCCGACUCCAGCGUCGGUGGUAUCGGCUUCGGCCACCUCCCCACAACCCCUGGUGCUUCCUCCGGGUUCGGGAUGUUCCAAAACUCGGCUACAGCAGCCACCACCAUGACUGGUUACUCUACUCUCUUUCCGAGGUGCUCCGCGCGUGGACCCCACAUGGAAGUUCAGUCGGCGCGGUUCGAAAAACAGCCCCCAAAUAACCUGCGUAAAAGCAACUUCUUCCACUUCGUUCUCGCCAUCUACGACCGCAAUCGUCAUCCCAUCGAAGUUGAGAGAGCUGCCUUCAUAGACUUUGUGGAGAAGGAACGGGAACCAGGCACCGAAAAGACUAACAACGGAAUACACUAUCGACUGCGAUUGGUCUUCUCCAACGGCUUCCAGCAAGAUCAGGAUCUCUACGUUCGAUUGGUGGACUCUGCCAACAAGCAGCCAAUCACAUACGAAGGCCAGGAUAAGAAUCCCGAGAUGUGCCGUGUGCUGCUUACUCACGAGGUGAUGUGCAGCCGGUGUUGUGACAAGAAGAGCUGCGGUAACCGCAACGAAACCCCCUCGGAUCCGGUCAUCAUUGACAGAUUUUUCCUCAAGUUCUUCAUGAAAUGCAAUCAAAAUUGCUUGAAAAAUGCCGGCAAUCCAAGAGACAUGCGAAGAUUUCAAGUAGCCAUCGCUUCGACACCUUCACUUGAAGGUAGCCUGCUGGCUUUUUCGGACAACAUGUUCGUCCACAACAAUUCAAAGCACGGCCGAAGAGUUCGUCGACUGGAACCGCCCGAAGAGCUCGUGCUUACCGCACCCCCGGUUAUCAAAGCGAUUUCACCCAAUGAGGGCUGGACCAGCGGAGGUGAGAGUGUUCUGAUUAUCGGGGAGAACUUCUUCCACGGUCUGCAGGUGGUCUUCGGGAACACACCAGUCUGGAGUGAGCUAAUCACGCCGAAUGCUCUUCGUGUACAGACGCCGGCAAGGUCCACGCAGGGCAUGGUUGAUGUGUCCCUUCUCUACAACAAUCGACCGUUUUGCAAGCAAGCACCUGGUCGAUUCGCGUUUACAUCCCUGAGUGAUCCCACGAUCGAAUAUGGUUUUCAACGUUUGCGGAAAAUCAUACCGCGCCACCCAGGCGAUCCAGACCGUCUUCCUCGUGAGAUCAUCCUGAAGCGCGCUGCAGACCUCGCAGAAGCGCUCUAUUCGAUGCCGAGUCGAACUGCCACCAACUCCACCACCGUGCACCACUCCCUGUUUUCACCACAACUGCAGCAGCAGCAACAGCAGCAGCAGCCUCACUACUCGAUUGAAUCGUCCGGAUCGUUCGGCCUCCUUCCACUUGCUCCCGCUGCCUGCAAAAAUGACGAGGAAGUCCUCUACAGACCCAACAAACUGACUGACGCCACGGCACUAAUGGCUCCGCAAAACAGCACCAGUAGCGCUGCGAGUUCCGCCAGCUCUGACGAGGGGGACGAGGGGGAACAGAGCAGCGAGACGGAGGAGAGCCCUCUGGCGGUUACCGAGGAGACGACUGAGGAAGCGGGUGGACAGGGUGCUGGUCGGCCCUGGCCCAAGCGACCUCGAUUUUCUGCUAGGAGUCGCGAAAAUGGCCACCACGAGAAGCAGGUUGACCCGUACCCGGAAGCCGUCAAAUUCAGCAACAUGGCCCUCUUGACGAGGAACGCCGAGCUGCUCACCACCCCGAAGGGCGCCGACGUCUUCGAACAGACUGCUUCGUCCACGUCUCCCGCGGGCGUCACAACCGUCUCUGGCGUCGCCAGUCUCCCCCUCCACCAAUCAGCGCGCUCGCUGUUCGCAGAGGGAGGCGUGAACACCAGGGCUGCCUUGAUGUACGACAACGACUACUUUGCCUCGGCAGUCGCGACCACCACAACUUACAGUGCCCAGUCCACGGUCAGUUGGCACCACUUGUACCAAUCAAAAGGGCCACGUAGCUUUCAUGUGUGUCACUGA